AAUCAUAAGUAAUGUGCCAAAUGGUAUAGACAGAACUCAGUGGGCUCAUUUUGUUACUUAUCGUCUAAAACCGGAAACAUUGGUACAAGUUACAUUAUUUUGAAUGGUGUGAAUUGUUUGUGUAGAUAUUUUUUUAUUGUUGUGUGAACUUACAAUUUUGUUUGUUCAUAGGAGAAUUGUAAAAAAAAUAGAGAAAAUCGCAAAAAGCAAGUAAUUCCUCAUACUGGUGGUUCUAAACCUAUGUCAAGAAGAAGACAUGAGAUGUUUUUGGAAACUGGACAACUGCCUAGUCGGGGAAAGUUAUACAUUGAUACUCCUAAAAGAAAGGAUGUAUCAUUUGUAAAUGAUGCGGCAAAGGCUAUAUCGGAACAAAUUGAAGUGGGUUUGACUCAAAGCACUAAUGAUGAAUCAGAGGUUUCUCCUAAUGAUGUUGUUGGUAGAGUGUUAGGCGCAGAGCAUUCUGGGAGGGUUCGAUGCAUGGGUUUAGGAGUAGCUCCUACUAACUCAUUUAGAAAUACAAGAUUUCAACUUUCGAAUUUAAGCAUUGCUUCAUCUAGUGCUGCCACAUCAUCAACAUCUUCUGAUCAAUGGCAACAGAAGUACACUAAUUUAGAAUCCCAAAUUCAAACCACCUUGGGUGCACUAAAAGCCUACAUGAUAAUGAAGGAAAGAAAGAUCCCUGAUGAAUUAACUGCCUUCUUUGAUCCUCAAUCACAAGUCAGUUAUGUCCAGCCUUUGCAACAUUUAGGGUGUUGAUGAUGUUUUU